UAUUACUGUGGUAACCAUGCAGCGCAUCAAGGCUCCCCUCCGUGUUAUCACGGCCUUGUCGGCUAGGCAGACCGAGCUGGCGCAGCAGCGCUGGUUCGCUGCUCAGCCGGGCCGGUCGAACGAAGAGGAGUAUCAGCGAUUUUCUCAGGACGCUGCCAGGUCUCAUGUCAACUGGCCCAAGAUUCUCAACGCCCCGCUCUCGGAAGUGGAUCCAGAGCUGCUGGACAUUAUCGAGAAGGAGAAGAACCGCCAGUUCAAGGGCCUGGAGCUCAUUCCCUCGGAAAACUUUGUUUCUUCGUCCGUCAUGGAGGCGGUUGGCUCCGUCAUGACCAACAAGUACUCGGAGGGCUACCCAGGCGCCCGCUACUACGGUGGCAACGAGUUUAUUGACAUGGCUGAGCGGCUUUGUCAGGAGCGGGCGCUCCAGGCUUUCCGUCUGGACCCGGCCAGCUGGGGUGUCAACGUGCAGUCGCUGUCCGGCUCACCCGCCAACUUCCAGGUGUACACGGCGCUGCUGCAGCCGCACGACCGCAUCAUGGCGCUGGACCUGCCGCACGGGGGCCACCUCAGCCACGGCUACCAGACCGACACCAAGAAGAUCUCAGCCACCUCCAUCUUCUUCGAGCAAAUGCCGUACCGCCUGAACGAGUCGACGGGUCUGAUCGACUACGACAUGCUGGAGAAGACCGCCACACUCUUCCGACCCAAGCUCAUUGUGGCAGGCGCCUCCGCCUACACCCGCCACUACGACUAUCCGCGCAUGCGGGCCAUCUGCGACAAGGUGGGCGCCUGGCUGCUUGCCGACAUGGCUCACAUCAGCGGCCUGGUGGCGGCCGACGUGGUGCCCUCGCCCUUCCCCUACGCCGACGUCGUCACCACCACCACGCACAAGUCGCUGCGAGGGCCGCGGGGAGCCAUGAUCUUCUUCCGGCGGGGGCAGCGCCGUACGGACGCCAAGAGCGGCAAGCCGGUGAUGUACGACAUCGAGGACAAGAUCAACUUUGCGGUGUUCCCCGGGCUGCAGGGCGGCCCACACAACCACACCAUCGCCGGUCUGGCCUGCGCGCUCAAGCAGGCGGCCACGCAGGAGUUCCAGGCCUACCAGAAGCAGGUCCUGUCCAACAGCCAGGCCCUGGCCGCCGGCAUGUCCCGCCGCGGCCACACGCUGGUGUCCGGCGGCACCGACAACCACAUCGUGCUGGUGGACCUGCGGCCGCGCGGGGUGGACGGCGCGCGGGUGGAGCGCGUGCUGGAGCUGGCGCACAUCGCCGCCAACAAGAACACGGUGCCGGGCGACGUGAGCGCGCUGGUGCCGGGCGGGCUGCGCAUGGGCAGUCCGGCGCUGACGUCACGCGGGUUCGUGGAGUCGGACUUUGACCAGGUUGCCGAGUUCGUGGACCGGGCGGUGACCAUCGCGGUGGGGCUCAAGAAGCAGUUCCCCAAGCUCAAGGAGUUCAGGGAGGCGCUGAGCAAGGAGGUUCCCUCCGACAUCACCUCCCUCAAGAAGGAUGUGGAGGUGUUCGCCAAGCGCUUCCCCACCAUCGGCUUCGAGAAGGCCACCAUGCGGUACCAGGAUUGAGCGGAGGAGGAGGAGGAGGAGGGCUGAGGAAGGGGAAGUGAGGAAAGAUGGACCUUCUUGACGAUGGUGGCAAUCCAGGAAGGGAGGGAGGCCGGUUGAGCACGCCGUGCCGUGCAGGGUUUGAAGAGGCUGCAAGGAGGUGCUGGGGCUACCGAUAGGGGGCUGGGCUCGGCUGCACACCCGGAAGUGGAGGCUGAGAGGUGCCUCGGGGUCCGGGAAACGGGUACAGCGGUUCAUAAUGAUAGAAGGGGCCACUGCUCGGAAAAUCGCGGGCGGGCACAGUCCGCAUGGACCCUGGUUUCUCGUAAAGGCAUGUUGAGGCAGGAACGAGCAGGAACCGUGAGAGGCAAGCAAGCGUAAUUGAAACUUGCAAACGUGAUGGAAACUGUACAGUUUUGGCAGGAAUGGACCGAAUAGUACAGGUAUUGCACACGUUCGGCGAUCAGCUCCUGAAUGCAGAGCGGAUGACAUCCAUGCAUGAUUUGUACGGCACACGCUGUACGGUCGAUAAACCUUUUCUGCUGCGGAUUUCCCUGCGCAUUACCGCACCUUUUGCCCUGAACCUAAUUCUUGGCAUUGUUAACUCUGGACGUGUCUCGGGC